ACUAAUGAAUGAAUACGCAUUUUAAAAUUAAAUACCCAGUGUGUUGCGCAUACCACGUGGUUGCGAUAUUGUAUUGUACACUGUGCCUGAUACGAUACGUCAAAAAAUUUUUGUUUGGAAAAGAUGGGAAAAACGUGUCCACAUUUAGUGUUUGAAAUAUUUACAAAUUUCAUCUAAUGUACUUAUUAAUUUAUUAGUGAUAAAUAAAUUAAAAUUAAAGUCUAUUGGGUUUUCAUUCAUUAUAUAGAGAAUAGAGUUCUAUGUAACCUCUGUGGCAAUUAUGGAAAUAAAUCCUUUGAGUAUAAUUCUUGUAAAAAGUGAUAGCAAAGGUGAUAGACUGUUGUUUCGAUAUCCACAUACGACAAAGCAUACACGAGAUUCUAAUCAAUAUACUAAAAAGAGAAAUCCGUAUUCUCUCACUAUUACAGAAGACCUAUUACAGUCUUUACCUUUUCCAACUUCUAAUAUAAGUAAUGGAAACUUAACUGGAGUGAAUGAUGAAGUAUUAUCAACAUUAUUUGCUGUUAAACCUGAAUUAUGCGAACAAAAGUUUGAGCUAAAAGUAAAUGAUGUUCGUUUCGUUGGACAUCCGACUUUAGUUCCAUCUCAUGGAUUAAAAGAAGUCAAUUCUUCUAUGCUAUUUAAUAUAGUCUUUGCUCUUCAAGCACAAGCGAGUCAUUCUAUAGUAAAAUGUUAUUACGAUUUGAGUAGAAGACUUGGAAUAGCUUUAAGACAUGAAGAAAGGAGAUGUGGAUUUUUAACAGAAGAAAUUAAAAUUAUGGUCUCUACUCAUGAUGAAAUUGCUACUAGAUCUGAAGGUGAAAGUGAUUGUGAUGAAUCACCAUAUGAAUUAAUUUUACAAAGAAGUUCACUUGCACGUGAUUUGAAAUCUGUAUUUAGUAGUCUUAGUACUUCUGGUAUAAUUAAUAUUAUGAUUAAUAAAUGGAUUCAAGUGCGUUUUUGUCUUCCACAAAAAGUUCAUCAAUCUCAUGAGAAGGGAUUUGUUAUUAAUCCAGAAAUAAUAGACAGAUGUUUAAAUAGUUUAAGACCUUAUCAUGGCUUAUUGUUGCUCAUUGAACGUUUAGAUUUAUUGGAUUCACUUCCAAUAGACUCUUCUCCAGCUCUUAAACGUUUAAUUCAAAUGUAUAGUCCUUUGAAAAAUUUACAAACUUUGGCUGCUGAUUCUGAUUUGACACUUACUCAAGUUUUCCAAUUAACUGGUCAUUUAGUGUAUUGGGCUAAAGCCACCAUAAUUUAUCCACUUUGUGAAAGUAAUGUUUAUGUUGUUUCUCCAGACGCUAUUAUUACAAAUCAAUUAUUAGAAGUAUUUUCUGAAGAAUUUCCUGGAUUCUGCCUUUUGCAAGUUCUUAGUGAUUUUUCAUUACCAACAUCCAUAAGUCAAAAAUUAAAUCCAUUGAAUCAAUUGCAACAACAAACACAAUUAGUGAAAAUAAUAAUAUGGUUGUUAAAGAACCAUUUACUUCUACAAUUACAUACUUAUGUGCAAUACAUGCCAAUGGUGCAUGGUAGAGUAUUGGAUGUGAAGGAUGAAAUGAAUCAUAAUUUGAAUGAGAUUAUAGAUAGUAACAACACAUGGAAUUUAAGUGAAAUUUCGAAAGGAUCCUCGGUAGAUAUGGCAGAGGAAUUAUCAAUAUCUUUUCGCAAAGAAACUGAAAUAUAUAAUUAUCAGUCAGAAGAUUAUGAUAUUCCUUCUGAUGAUAGAAAAUUGUUAGAUAGACUAUGUCGUCUUGGUUAUUUUAAUGGAGAUCAUCAUUUGGAAGAGAUUAUGUAUUUAGAAAAUAUUCGUAGAUCGCAAUUGCUCCAAAUCCUGGAUAAAUUUCGAGAUGUAUUGAUCACGUGUGAAUGCGAAGAUCCUGCUAUUGCUCUGUUUUAUAGUCAGUUUAGUUCUUAAUAGUAUCGUAUAAUUAUUAUUGAUUACAAAAAUUAUAAUAUGUGUAAACAUACAAUAACUGUCGUAAAAAAUGUAAACGUUUAAAUGAAAAUUCGAUUUAAAAUCGAAUUGAAGACAUUUGUAAUUAUGAUGUGUAACAUUUUGUUUUAUUUAUUAAUCUUCUAAAUGUAACAAUGAACAAAAAUGACAAGGAUCAUUGAUUCUAAUUCUAAAGUGUCAACUAAAAUGCCACUAAAAACGGUUUUUAUAAUAAAAAUAUGUAUUACAAAAAUUUAUCAUAUUUAUAAC